CUGUCAAUGUCAUACUUAAGUCAUUCAUUAUCUGGCAAGUGGACUGACGAAAAUUUUGGGGUUUUGUUUUCGUAACAGUGUACAUUUUCGUUAUAGAAUGAAUAAUGCACCGCAGUUCUCAUUACGUUGGAACAACUACGUGUCUCAUGUAACAGAAGCGUUUAAUGUUCUCAGAUUUGAGAAUGACCUGGUAGACGUCACGCUUUGUUGCGAUGGUGGUAAAAUCAAAGCCCACAAAAUGUUGUUAUCCGCUUGCAGUAAUUAUUUUAAGCAAAUAUUCAAAGAAAAUCCUUGCCAGCAUCCUGUCAUCAUUUUCAGAAACUUUAAGUUCGAGGACCUGAAUGCUAUCAUCAACUUCAUGUACCAUGGUGAGGUGAACAUAUUCCAAGAGCAAUUGGAGUCAUUCCUUAUUACUGCCGAGCUUUUAGAAGUUAAGGGUUUGACGGAUAAUGCAGAUGAUGACUCAUCUAAGAGUACACUAAGGAUAACUGACAAUGCCUCUCUAGACUUAAGUUCCAAAACAAGUAGAUUUGUUGAAGAUAUAGUGCCUGUGUUGUCUGAUGAGCCUAUAAAUUUGGCACCGGCGGCUAGCACUAGAGAUGAGUACAUUCCACAAGCAAGUCCAAUGAAGAAUAUUGGGGAUCAAGAGAAUGAAAUACAGCCUGAAACCUCAAAAACUGAUGACAAUAUGGGCUCAAAAGUAAAAACUAUUACUCCACCCGCUGAGGAAAUGCAGGUUGAUGCACAGUCCAGUUCCACCACAGUUGAAGAUUUAUCAGAAAAAAAUAAUUCUGAAUCAGACCUUGCCAAAUUCCGUUGCCAGUUAUGUCCUAAAGGGUUCAAACAUCCCACAUCUCUGACUCUGCAUAAAGAUGCACAUGCUGGAAAAACUCAAUGCCCUGUGUGUCACCGCUCCUUCUCAAGGUCAUAUGACAUGAGGAGCCACUUGCAGAGAAUACAUCAAGGGAAACAACUGACAAUCAAAGAAAUCAGAUACAAGAACACAAAUGAUAAUGUAACUCCCAAGCAGUUCACUCAUCAUAUUUAGUUAUGACUUUAUGGUAACAAAUGUUACCAUGAGCUGUCUCCGCACCUAGUGCAACCAGCCUGUAUUAAUGUUGUAUGUAUAGACUAUAGCUAUUAUAUGGUAUUCAUAAUGAAGAAUAUUUUUAUUUACUAUUUUCUAAAAUGUCACAAAAGAUUGCUCAGUGCUGUAGCUUUGGCUAUUUUUAUACUAGUCUAUGAUAUUACUGUUUUAAUAUAAAAUGUUUCCAUUA